AUGUCACACGAAGGACAAGAAGAGUUAUUAGACUACUCAGAUUCUGAAGAAAUCGCCGUUCCAACCACCACAGCACCAAGUGUUGCUGCUGGUGAAGGCGCCAACGACAAAGAAGCUGAUAAAAAGGGUUCUUAUGUUGGUAUUCAUGCCACUGGUUUUAGAGAUUUCUUAUUGAAACCAGAAUUAUUGAGAGCCAUUGGAGACUGUGGUUUCGAACAUCCUUCAGAAGGUUCGUAAUUGAUUUCAUCUAAAUAAAGAAAUGAGAUGGCGUGGUAUGGUUGACAUUUACGUUAAGUUGCAUUCUUCUUCACUAUUGUAAUGCAUUAGAUUCGGGGAUUAUUAGCGCCGAAGAAAAUCGAAUGAAGCUGUGCAUGGCUUGUAUCGAAUUCCUAGCAUUAGCAUUCCUAUCGUAAUUGAUAAGGAUCAUCUAUCUAAAAAUUGACUGAUUAGUGUUUUGAACUAGCAUUAAGAUGACUAAAUUGGGUCGCAUAAUGUAAACCCAAGAAAAAGUAAUAUUCGAUGGAUAGCGGUAGGAUCCAUAAUCAGAGCGGCCCCAGCGCUAUCCAUACUUUGGUCAGAGAAGAACGAAUUUAACGUUGCAUGUCUAGCAUCAUCAUUCCAUUUUAAAUUCUUUGAAUAUUUAAGCAUUUAAACUAACAAAAUUUAUUAUAGUUCAACAAGUUUGUAUCCCACAAUCUAUUUUAGGUACUGACGUUUUAUGUCAAGCUAAGUCUGGUUUAGGUAAGACAGCUGUUUUUGUUUUAUCUACCUUACAGCAAUUAGACCCGGUUCCAGGUGAAAUUUCUACUUUGGUUAUCUGUCACACUAGAGAAUUGGCUUACCAAAUCCGUAA